AUGGGCAACACUACUAGUGCGGUGUUGGACAAUAUUGUCCAGGGGUCCAACUUCGACAGAGAUGAGGUUGACCGUCUAAGGAAACGUUUCAUGAAGCUGGAUAAGGACAACUCUGGCACGAUCGAGCGCGAUGAGUUCCUCAGCCUCCCCCAGAUUUCCUCCAACCCGCUAGCCACAAGAAUGAUUGCCAUCUUCGAUGAGGACGGCGGCGGCGACGUCGACUUCCAGGAGUUCGUGUCCGGCCUCAGCGCUUUCUCGAGCAAGGGCAACAAGGAGCAGAAGCUGCGCUUUGCCUUCAAGGUGUACGACAUCGACCGCGACGGUUACAUCAGCAACGGCGAGCUGUUCAUUGUCCUCAAGAUGAUGGUUGGCAGCAACCUCAAGGACCAGCAGCUGCAGCAGAUCGUCGACAAAACCAUCAUGGAGGCGGACCUGGACAAGGACGGCAAGAUCAGCUUCGAGGAGUUUACCAAGAUGGUCGAGAACACGGAUGUCAGCAUGAGCAUGACCUUGGACACAUUCUAG